UUUUAGUGCACAGACCCCAGUGGUACAGAUGCACAUUCCAUUCCGUAGAGGCAUACCGUUCACGGCUGUCCAGUAUAGAUGUAUCGCAGUUCGUGUACUCAUACCACAUGUUGUCGCUGCCAGAUAGGCCGAAGUGAACUUAAGAUGCGCGUCUCUGGGCGCCUGCAGGUGUCAUUUCCGAACGACCGUCGCACACCGAUCCUGACACAGGACACGAUCCGCAAAAGGGCAUGUGCGUGGACUCUAAAUUUCUGCAGGAGAAAAGGGAAACACCCAACCGUUUCUCCGACAUAGAUCUGCCGUCCUUAUCGUCACUCACUCGUAAAUAUUUACUUUGAUGUCUACAUGUUUUUUUAUACAAAUAUAUAUAUAUAUAUAUAUAUAUAUAUAUAUAUAUAUUUUGUUUUUCACCUCAAGGAGAGGAGGUAGAAAAUGGAAAGCGUGGGCAUCGGAGAAGCAGAGAGCCGUGGGCGUGCGGGUACGCAAGUGACGUACCUCUGGUGCAUUUCUGUACGGUGAAUCGAUGUUCGCCUGCCUACGGGACCUUCGGUGAGGCGAGUUCGUUGCGUUUUUUUGAUGCGAUUCACCGCAAGGCACAACUGUGCCAAAAAGAAACUGCUCACACGUUGGCGUAAUUGUUCGACUGCCAUCUUCAAUCCUCAUUUCUUCGGGCGAAACACCGCAUUUUCGGUGUGCAGUUAAACCAGCCGUGGUCGACCGGGACCGCCGCGGGUUCGCAGUGAGGUUCAUGCACAUAGCUGUGCAGCGGGCAUUAUGUGCACCAAACAAACGGCGAGUUUUUCUGACGUAGACGCGGGUGGCGUUCUCCCGUGGAGGCUUUCUCGUGUACGCUCGGUCCGGUCUGUUUCGACAUCUAUUUCCGUUCCCUUCUCCUUUCUGGGAGGACAGACGCAACGGUUUUUCCUUCGCCAUGCGCGUUGGUUCCUUCGUUCACGCGCCGCUGUACUUCCUCGGCGGAUUCUGGCUAUUGCGAACAUCGGUGCCAGACAGUGGCUUCCAUGUGCUCGACGGUUGCGUCCAUACUAG